AUGUCCACAAGGCGGCAGCACUUCUUCACGCCCAUGUUUGGUUCCACGUGCAGCCAGAACCUUAGGGGAGUAGGCUUCCUGGGCCGUGAAUUAGAGCGGAAUACUCAUGCCUACUCAGCACUGCUCCCUGCUGAGGUGCCAGGGAGGCUGCACUCUCAGGGACGAGGCUUCAGCCGGCGUCCCCAGUGCCCAGACCCUGGACACUUGGUGACUUUACUCUGUAUCCUCGAGGCCAGAGGGCCUCGUGGACACGCUGAGCUGGACCCCCACGGUGAUGACAGUGCCAAAGCCAGCCGGGCCAGGACCAAGGCUGGGGAUCUCCGGGACACAGGUAUCUUCCUUGACUUGAUGCACCUAAAGAAACGUGGAGGCUUCGACAUAUCCUUGUUUUACAGAGAUAUUAUCAGUGUAGCAGAGGAUGAGGACAUAGGGAUUCACUUUGAGGAGUCUAGCAAGCUUGAAAACCUGUUGAGGAAGGUUCGCGCCAAGGAGACCAGGAAGCGCGUGCUCUACAGGUUGAAGCUUAAACUCAACAAAGAUGUAGCACUCACUGUUGGCAUUUAUAAUAUGGUCCAGAAGGCUUACAGACCUUCUCCAGUGAGGCUUUAUCGUGAAACCAAUGAACCAGUGAAAACCAAGACCCGGACAUUUAAUGUAAAUACAGGCAGUUUGCUUUUGCCUAGUGACACCAAGAGGUCUCAGAUCUAUGGGUGUCGCCAGAUUGUAUUAGAGAAGGAGGAAACAGAAGAGCUUAAGCGGUUUGAUGACCCAGGUUUGAUUCUCAUUGGUUUCAAGCCCUUAAUGAUGAUGAAGAAGCACCAUUACCUGAGGCCCUCGCUGUUCGUGUACCCCGAGGAGUCCCUGAUAAAUGGGAGCUCAGCCCUGUUCAGUGUUCUGCUCACCAAGUGCCUGGAGAAGGAGGUCAUGGCCGUGUGCAGGUACACACCGCGCCAGAACAUCCCGCCUUGUUUUGUGGCCUUGGUGCCACAGGAAGAGGAGCUGGAUGACCAGAAAAUUCAGGUGGCUCCCCCAGGCUUCCAGCUCUUCUUCUUGCCCUAUGCUGAUGAUAAACGGAAGGUGCCCUUUACCGAAAAAGUCAUGGCCAACCCAGAGCAGGUAGACAAGAUGAAGGCUAUUGUUCAGAAGCUCCGCUUCAAGUACAGAUGUGACGGCUUUGAGAACCCAGUCUUGCAGCAGCACUUCAGGAACAUGGAAGCUUUGGCGCUGGAUUUGAUGGAGCCUUAG